UCUAUUGUUUCUGCCCACCAAGCCGUCUGCCAGCCAGGUAGUAGUACCAGUGCUCGACUGUCAGCUUCGGGAGAGUGGCGAAGCAGAGGAGACCUGAAGGCGCGUGAAAUUAAUAAAUUUCUGUAAGCCACCUGAAAGCGGGGAUACCAGGACAACUACGAGCUUAUUCAACUGGCCCUCGACGACGGCAUCAGUAAGCCGGAUCGCUCCGUAGAAUCGCUUACAAGCAAGAGCUUUCUUGAGUUUGGAAAACUUGACCCUUCCAAGCAUGCUUGUGAUCUAAUGUAAAUUCAAACGAAGAAGGUGCUUUAUGCUUAUCGCAGUGCCCCUGUAUUCAUUGUUUGUAAAUACAAUUUAAGAACAAAGGCAUAAUAAUUAAAAAACCUAUUGAGCCGCCAGCUUCUUUUCUUCAGUUUCACUUGUUGAUUUCGAAUGGAGGAGAGCUGAAAUCGGGGCUGGUGCGUUACAGUCUUCGAGAUGUCUGAGCCGGAGGAAGACGAAGCAGUGCUGAGGCCCCCGGGGGAUCAGAACGGAAACCAAGGUGGCAGCAUCAGGAAGGGAAGUGAUCCAUUGUCCCAGACACAGCGCAGUAAAUUGCAGCACCGCAGAGCUCGGAUUAACCAGCAGAUCAACAAGGAGAUGAGGAUGAGAGCUGGGGCAGAGAAUCUCUUUCGAGCUACUAAUAAUCAUAAAGUAAAGGAGACGGUAGCCCUGGAGCUUAGCUUUGUCAAUUCCAACCUACAACUGCUAAAGGAAGAGUUGGAGGAACUGAAUAGCUCAGUGGAAGUGUACCAGACUGACAGUGAGUCGAUUAGUGUUCCGAUGAUUCCACUGGGGCUUAAAGAGACUAAAGAAGUGGACUUGACUACUGUACUCAAGGAUUAUAUCUGUGAGCAUUAUGGAGAAGAAGGCUCUCUCUAUGACAAUGAGAUUGCUGAGCUGAUGGAUCUCAGACAGGCAAUGCGCACACCUAGUCGCAAUGAAGCAGGUUUGGAUUUGCUAAUGGAGUAUUACAAUCAGCUUUAUUUUCUUGAUAAUCGAUUCAUCCCUCCAAACAAGAACCUGGGGGUCUACUUUCACUGGUAUGACUCGUUGACAGGAGUGCCAUCUUGCCAGCGUGCACUUGCAUUUGAAAAAGGCAGUGUGUUAUUCAACAUCGGUGCACUGUUCACACAGAUUGGUGCCCGUCAAGAUCGUGCAAAUGCUCAAGGUAUCGAGAAUGCCAUAGAUGCCUUUCAGAAGGCAGCAGGUGCCUUUAACUAUUUGAAAGAGAACUUUUCCAAUGCACCCAGCCUGGACAUGAGUGUACCCUCGCUGAACAUGCUGGUGCGUCUGAUGAUCGCUCAAGUUCAGGAAUGUGUCUUUGAGAAGGUGGUGCUUCUACUAAUGUCUGAUGAUUUCUUAGCAUAUCUGAAAGUGGCACAGGAAGCUGCAAGGGUAGCAGAUGUGUAUUCCCUGGUGUACCAAACAAUGACGCAACCUCCAGUAAAAGAUUACGUUCCAUUUUCCUGGGUGACCAUGGUCCAAGUCAAGUCUGAACAUUUCAAAGCACUUUCUCAUUACUAUGCAGCUGUGGCAUUUUGUGACAGUGAGAUUCAGGAUGUUGACAAUAUGCACGAAAUUGAGAAAGCACUGAUCCAGUUUCACAUCACAAUGCCAGAGGGACCAUCGCUCAGUGUUGUGAUACAAGAUUUGGAGGAAAGACGCAAACUUGGUAAGGCUCAUUUGAAGAAAGCCAUCAUCAAACAUGAGGAGGCCAUGCGAAUACACAGCCUUUGCAAGACCUUGCGUAAGAUAGACAUCCUGCAAGAAGUGCUGUCAUUCACACACAAGCGCUCUCUCAACAAAUAUUCUGAAAUUGACCAUGAGGAUGACUUCUUUGAGACUGGAGAGGCACCAGACAUUCACCCUAAAACCCAGCAAAAGCCAGAGAUAAAGACUCCAAACUUCUCUCGGGUUAAAGUAACUGACAUUUUCCACAGACUGGGUCCUCUGUCAGUAUUUUCAGCAAAGAAUAAGUGGAGUCCCCCACGCAAGGUGCGCCUAGUAAAAGGAGAAGGAGGUUUUGGCUUCACAUUGCGUGGAGAUUCGCCAAUUCUUAUUGCUGGAGUUGUUCCAAAUGGCUCUGCAGCGAAUGCUGGUCUACGAGAAGGAGAUUAUAUCAUUUCCAUAAACAGCCAGGACUGUAAAUGGUCAAAACAUGCAGAAGUUGUUCAGAUGCUGAAAGGCAUUUCAGAGGAAGCCGUUGACAUCAGUGUGAUAACAGUCCAUAUGCUGGACCAGCAGAGUCAGAUGGACAGAAAAUCGAUAUUGUUAACAUCCACUGGUUCCCUGAGCAGCGACAAGGAAAACAUCCGUUGCCGUGGCCUCGCCAACACAACUAUCAACACAAGUUUGUUGUUACCCUGGAAUAAAAAGAAAACCAACGGAAGAAGUAAAAAGACUACAGACAGCAACAGCAAGAGGAGCAGCAGUGCCUUCAAUUUGCCUUUUGCCACCUUCCGAGAGAGUGAGGCCAUGUACUGAGGGAGCAGACAGUAAGAAGACUACUGCCGCGACAAGCGUUUUGUCUGUCGGUCAGCAGCAGCUGCUAUGGGACAGAUAACAGUGACGUAUACAGUGGACUGUAGGGACCUGCCAAACUUGUGUGCUGCAGUAACUUAGAAAUGGUGCCUGAGAGUUGGCUUGCCACGCAAAACCACACAUUUUUGCUCCAUGAGUGAUUGUGUUGUACGAUGUGUGCUAUUUUGCUGCUGCUUAAGUUUCAAGUUGAUUGUUGCAGCUAAUUGCCUUUCUCUAGUGGUGAACCAGCUUAGAUACAAAACCUAUACACAGACGUGCUCUACACACGUGUAUGAACCUCACAAAAAGGGAUAAAAAGAUGCAGUCGCUUCUCCUGUGUGCAGCAUUUAAUACUGAAUGACUACAUGGCACCGCUAAAGGGAAGACUGCAUAAGAGAAGGCCUCUAAAGUGUUGGCAAACCUGUAUUGGCUUUCUGUUUAAAAAUGAAGAAUGUUCAGAAGACCUGAAGAUGCUUUGCUCACAGAUGGUCUUUCUACAAAACUAACUAUUGUAUCUUAAUAUUAACUUGUAUUAAGUUAGAAUAGUCAGUUUACAUGUUCUGUUUCUGUGAUUUUGCACUGCAGUAUUAAUGUAUUGGAUCUUUUGUGAAAGAUUUUUAAUUUAUUUAUUCAUGUCAUAUUCAUACGAGGGAUAGUCUGAAGACUCUGUGUAGAAUAUGGGUACACGUGUUGCAAGGCAAGAACCAGUCUUGAGUGGAGCAUCAGUCCAUUUCGGGGCACACUCACUCACUGGUUCAAGUUAUAACAUGACAACUGGAAUAACAGCACCUUAUUACACUGUGAAAACAGACAAGAGACCCUUAAAGGAAUACUCUCAGAAAUUAUAUAUAUUUUGUACAUUAUUUGCCCCAUAUAGUUUAUAGUGACGGCCAAGAAAAAAAAUUAAUCUCCUUGUUUGCACAGAGUUAACAUAUUUUCUGAUAGAAUGGGUGUCUAUGGAGACCAAUGCUAGACAAAACUAAAUAUUAUCAAAAAGUUCUUGAAAAAAAUCUCACGUUACUCUUAAUCCACAUGACAAAUUGUUUUAUCAUAUGCUUACAAUGUCCCAAACACAUACAUUUUUAAUAAAAUACCAUUAUAAACAAUUCUGGAAGAUGCACUUGUGAAAACAAAAAAAAGACGAAUGCACUCAGAAACGCCCGAGCAUUACAAGUGAAUACGCCCGCCUCAUUGACUGGUGAGGAGUCCAGCCCAGUAGUAAGAGCGUAUUCACUGGCUAACACUGCACUUCACGGGAUAUCCACAAAAAAGUGUGCACUAAGAGACAUAUACAGUACUACUAAUCAUUAAGAGUUAAAGAAAAGUGAACGAAAACAUCAUCAAGGAGAGAAUAUGUCUUGUACUUGUUGUACUCGGAGAUCACUCAACACGCAGAAGGUCAAUUCUGCCAUUCAGCUGCUCAAGUUGUGGCUCACUGCUGUGAAUAUAAAUGUAACAACAUGACGGUGGUCUACAACUUGAAUAUUCUUUCCUGUCGUUCACAAGAGCUUUGCUGAAGAUGGCUUAUGUAAAAAUAUUUCAGUUAAACCACAUGUGUUUAUCACGUUGUGAGCAUACGACUGAAUGACUUGACAUGCUGAUGAUGUGAACUGAGUCAUGUUAGUGUUCGUCAUUGAUUUUUUAAUAUUGUUUGUUGUUGUCCAGCAAUGGUCACCAUAGACGCCUAUUCUGUCUGAAACUUUUAUUGUUCUGCUUGAAAAUACGAGAUUACGUUUUUUUUUCUCAGCCAUCAUGACAAACUACUCAGGGUAAAUAACAUAUAAAAGAAUAUUUUUAGGUGGAGUAUUCCUUUAAGGACACUCGUGCAAUUCUAAAGAGAUCAGGCCGAUUGAGCUCAAAGGGCAUCUAAGGGUUGUGCCAACGUGCAGACCUAUUUAAAUUUCUCUAAUUUUCCCAAAAAAAGAACUCUUCACAUUCUCAUUUUAAUUUCCAUUUUAGCAAGGUCAGUUUCUUUCUAUAAGUAUUUUUCCCAGAUGUAGCACAGGUUUGUCUUUCUUUUUCUCCAGUCUUCAUUAAUCACUACAGGCGAUUUGUUCUUAACACUAUCGUGCAUUGUAUAAAUGUUAAAGAACCACGGAUAUUGAAAAAAUGUUUUCUUUGUCAAAAAUAUUUUAUUUAAACAUAUUCAGACUAGUAGCAUCAACCUGAGAUGAUCGGUAGGGGUGAGUACGGCAAGAUGAGUCUCUCUCAUGGUGCAACCAGGGGCUGACAGUCACACGCAGAUACAUGAGCGCACACCCAAAUUAAGAAUUUGGUUUAUUCUUAAUGUUCUGAAUGACUUGAUGAUGAUAGACUUUGCUUGGUGCUACAGCGUCAAAUCUUCAUUUUCUUCAGGAAGUGCACAUAGCUUGUGGGCAGCAGAGGCAAAAACGCAAAUCAUUUUGGUGAAAUAAGGAGACCCAAGGGGCCUGGUGUGCAAGUCCAAAAGAAAGUGUGAGUAAGCCACACAUAUAUGCAUUUGUGUAUUUGUGAAUCUGAUCUGUUGGAGUUGACACCUUGGGAGAGGAAGGUUUUAUUAGGAUUCCAGGGUUUUGGCAAAAAGAAGGAGUUACGUUUGACGUUUUUUUCUUAGUUAUAUGCAUUUUCUGAGUGGGUGUUUUUGUUCAGUUAAUUUAAUAUUAUUUUACAGGUACUUUACAAGUGAGUGUCAUAUGCAUGGUAACAGUUUUUCAUUAUUUUAGAUGAUAAAAGUAUUGGCCGCUCUUAGAACCUGCACAAUUAUAAUACGUGCUGCCCUCCUAGAGUGGCAGCAAAGGAAAAAGAAAAAAAAUAAUCCGGGGCGCGAGUGAGCAACACUGCUUUCAAGUAUAGAGACACACCAGUGAAAGUAGGGUUAAGUAAAAAAUGAUUAUUGGAAGACGAUACACACACUUACUGUAACAAAACCCCUAUAUACAUAAUAUUGCGCUGCAGAAUUUCCCACCCAACAUAAAUCACAGCACAAAUCACGUAAACACAUAAGCUAUUAAUACAGAAAUUUGAGCAAAAAAAAAAAAAAAUAAAGUAUUCGUAGUCCUUUAAAUAUUAUCUGUAUGGAAUGUCGAGCUCAGUCUGCAGUGGGGAAUGCAGCGCCGGCCAUACCUCCUAUUCCGGGAAAUGUAUAGAUUACCAGUUCCUUGAGCUGGCCCAUCAGGUCCUCUCCCGAAUACCUUUCACCAGAAAGUAUAAAUAAUUUGUCUUGAAAUGAACUCGGUGGGUUCACCUGAUGUUUUCCACGCGGUGUCAAUCCUUUCCUUCUUGCCUUUUCCUGUCAUGGCGUCCACUUCUCCCUUGGCUCUGCGCUUCUCCUCUCCUUUUUCCCACCACCCAUUUACAUACUCCUCGUACAGUCUGUUGUUGGCCCUCCAGGCCAGGUGCUCCCCUCUCCCUGUACAGUUGGUCCGCCCUUACAAAUUAAGCCAUUCCACUAAUAACAGGAAUGGGAAAAGGUACAAACUCACAGUGACACACACAUAUUCCGGACGACCGUUACAAGUUGAUGAUAGUGCACUAAGUCAUUGACCACACACAAUAAUCAUGGUACAGUAUGGAGUCUUUUCCUCAAGUUUCCAAAGGGAUUUCCUCAUGUGUUUAUUAAUAAAUGUGUAGUAGCUUCAUGUGAAUCUGUUCACUCACACUUGAGGGAUUUGCGAUUUGACAUCAGCGAUUUGCUUUUUUCCUCUGCCACCCUUAAGAUGGCAAGUAGUCCUGUGCAGUUAUGCGCAAUUCUGAUUACAGAUUAUAACAUUAGAACAAUUCUAGACAAAAACAGGCCUUUCAGCCCAACAAAAAGUAUGCUUUAUUGAUAUCUGGUGUAUCCUGCCAACUACGCCAAAUGCUGCAUUCCCAGAGAAACCCAAACAUUGUGAACAUUCGUGUCCUAAAAGUUUUUUCAAAGAGUGUAUCUUCAUGUGCUUAUUUUAGUUGGAGAAACUAAAAAGAAAAAAAUAAAUCAAUGAUCUGUUGUCCACUUCAGAGUGGAUACUGUUCUACCCCGUCAUUAAUCAUGUACAGGUUUCCCAAGAGGACAUUCAUGCAAUCAUCACACACAAAGCACCCAGCUGGGAAAGUUUCUUGUGGUACGAGAGCUAUGAGGUAGCAAUACAAGCCGUUCAUGUCACUGUGCCUUCCACAGACAAGUCGGUUACAGUCAAACUAAUGAACUCUGUGGAGUACGACUGCUCUGUUCACUCCUAAAUCCACUUCCCACUUGCCAAAGGUGAGUGAGGCAUGCUGGAGUCCAGCAUACAAACUGUAAUUAUUUAACUUAAUCACAUAAUAUAGACAGCAUGGCAGUUACGUUACAUUCCUCUAGAUUCAAAAAUGAUUGUGUUCAUCGCUAUUCUGUGUUCUACGUUAGUUCUAUAAGAAUUUGUAAAUGCCAGUCAUUUUCCUUGUGAUAAUCAUAUGGAAAAAUGUCGCCUUGCAGCUCAAGGAGUGUUUUAUUAACUCGAUUAGGGUGCGCCCCACAACCGUGUGAUCAAAUAGGCAAGUUUAGAAAGUGGAAUGGAUGAGUACACUGUCUUUAAAGUUUGAUUUAGGUGAAUGAGAACUGUCUACCACCUUAUGUGUAAAUGCGGCCUGUUUGUUUGCUCGCUGCUGCCUGGUGUUACAUUUAAAUAACUACCGUUGAGUUGGCCAUCCAGUACAUACACAGCUUUGCUGACGUUUACCUCUCACUAUUACCCUGCCCUGGUCCAGAAAUGUUCAAGUUUUUAUAAGUUAUUUUGCUUUUGGAACUUAUUUUUCAGGGGGCUCAGCAGUGCAGUGGUCAGUGUUGCCUCAUGGAUUUAGUAUCUCGAGUUUGAAUGCUACUUCUGGUCACUGUAAGUGUGGAGUUUGGACAUCCUCCAUGGGACUGCAUGGACUUUCCGCCCACAUCCACAAAGACAUGCAGGUCGGCUUAGUUGGUGAUGCCAACUUGGCCCAGAGUGACUGUGGCAUUGUGAGUGAGUGAAUACUUUGGGGGACUGGUGCCAUGUCGAGUGCUACCUGGACAGGCUCUGGCCUUUCUGGACCCUGCACUGGAUGAAGCGGGUGUGAGAAUGUUAAAGCCAUUUUAAAGUGUGGAUUUAAAUCACCCAACAGCUAAAGUGUAUGAGAUGUUAUGGGGUCGUUCCAGUGGGUUUUCAGUUUGUAACUCUUUAUUAUUGCUAUUACAUUAAUUACUGUCUCUAAAGAAGAGAAAUGUUGUUAUGGUGGGCAGACUGUUAUUUAAAAGACAAUUACAGUAGAUUCAACGGACCUAAUAUUGAAUAAUGGCACUGAAUGCCUGCCUUGUGUUUCAUUCAUAAUGGAGUGCGAAACGACAUUUUCUUGAACAAAUGCUACUGGUCACAGAUAGAUUAAAAAGCUAUUUAAUCGGGAAAUUCUGCUAGAAACAUGUGAUUGAUCUCUUAAAAAAUUUUUUUCCCCUCUUGGCGAAAUAAAAUGGAAGCAUUCUCCAUACCACAAUAAAUAGCUGAAUUUGCACUGCAGUUUUCACAAAGCUAGGCAUAAAUUUAAUGCUCCGCGUGCUUAACGCUUGUCAAAACCUUUCUCCUGUUGGGGGCCUCCGUGAAUGAGGUUGCAUUUCCAUGUGUUUUCGUUGCUGUAGCUUGUGUAUGUAUGUGUGCUGGUGUACAGUCAGGCAGUGUGGUGUAGUGGGUAAGGCUUUGGACAUCAAAAACUGAGGAUUGGGGGCUUGUCACAUCCCAUUAGUGACCCUGAGCAAGUCACUUCACCUGUCUGGAGAAACAAAAAGAAAUGUAACCAAUUGUGUCUCAAAUGUUGUAGGUCACUUUGGAUAAGGGUUAUCAGCCAAAUAAGUAAUAUGUGCAGUGCAUAGACUGGGAUUGGGACACGGGGGUAUUCAUUCAUGCACAUCUGAGUGAAGCUCAGAUCAGUUUCUCUGACUAGUCAUUUUUAAGCAAGUGGUUAUGAAAGUAGAAUGUGUGGAUGGUGCACUAGUUUGGAAAUGAGGCUUAGUGUUGGCACUGAUUGCUUUGGACCGCACUGUCUAGCGUGUCGAUGUCACAAGAUGUUGAAGCACAGUAACCGGAGGGGAAAGAAUGGACACAAACUUCUGCCUUGCAGGCCAAUUCUUCUUCUUCUUUCAGCUGCUCCCAUUAGGGGUCGCCACAGCAGAUCAUCUUCUUCCAUAUCUUUCUGUCCUUAUCAUCUUGCUCUGUGACACCCAUCACCUGCAUGUCCUCUCUCACCACAUCCAUAAACCUUCUCUUAGGCCUUCCUCUUCCCUGGCAGCUCUAUCCUUAGCAUCCUUCUCCCAAUAUACCCAGCAUCUCUCCUCUGCACAUGUCCAGACCAACACAAUCUCGCCUCUCUGACUUUGUCUCCCAACCUUCCAACUUGAGCUGACCCUCUAAUGUCCUCAUUUCUAAUCCUAUCCAUCCUCGUCACACCCAGUGCAAAUCUUAGCAUCUUUAACUCUGCUACCUCCAGCUACAAGCACUAAGAUGACCAGUCUCUGAUUAUGGACACACUGAAGGAUACUGUGCAGCAGGGUUUCUUAAAACUUUUUUUUUGGUCGUGUCCCAGUCUUUAUAGUGUCCCUCAAGACCCAUUUCUUGUUGACUGCCCAUUCAAUUGUCAGAUCAGUGUAACCCCUUGGAGAACUGAGGACGAUCGAUGGGUUGGCUUGUGGGUAAUCGAGGACAAUUGUCAGAGCAAUGUCGAUUGCUUGAACAGUCUGCAGCAAGCCACGGCAACCCAUUUCCAAAAAAUACAACAGUGACUCGCGACUACAUGGCGGAAACCCAUAAACUCUGCUGUACAGAAUCAAUAUUUUAAUUUGACUUGGGUCUCUGCUAUAUUCCUGUUUCUGAGCCAGCUUGUUCCCUUACAGUGUAACUGGGUGCCAGUGCUUGUCUCAGCCGGCCGUCAGUACAGCACAUGGCACACUGUUUAGAUUUGCCAAUCAGUCUAACAUACAGUGCCUAUAAAAAGUAUUCACCCCAUUUUAUUGUUUUACAACAGUGAAUCUCAGUGGAUUUAAUUUGGCUUUUUUCACACUGAUCAGCCAAAAAAACAGACUUUAAUGUCAAAGUGAAAACAGACCUCUGCGGGGUCUCACUUUCAACUGCCUUUCCCAAGAUUUCCUCCAUUCCUAUCCUACAAGGGUUUUUUUGGGGGGAGUUUUUCUUAGAGAGUCAAGGCUGGGGCCUGUUGUGUCACUCCUUGUGUCAUUUUAGGUCAUAAAAAAGUAAAUUGUAUCUCUGCAAAGUGGUCUAAAUUAAUUACAAAUAUAAAACAAAAAAUGAUGGCAUAAGUGUUCAUGUCCAUAUUUAGUAGAUUUACCGCUGGUAGCCGUGGCAGCCUUGAGUCUGUGUGCUUCUGUGUGUCUCUGUUAGCUUUGCACACCUGGACACUGCAAUUCUUCCUCAGUCUUCACCACUCAAGCUCUGUCAGGUUGCACAGCGGGUGGCUGUGAGUGAACGGCCUUUAUAAGGUCCGGCCAGAAACUCUCAAUUGGACUUUAACUUUAUUGCUUUAAAGCCACUCCUGUGUAACUUUGGCUUUUUGCUUGGGGUUGUUGUCUUGCUGGAAAACAGAUCUUCUUCCUUGGCGUAGGUUUCUUGUAGACUGCAUCAGAUUGUCCUCCAGGAUUUCCCCGUAUUUCUCUCCACAUCCUGAUGCUGCCACUACCACGCUUCACAGUAGAAAUGGUGCGUUUUUAAUAAUGGCCACUAAGUAUGAUGGCCAAAAUGCUCAAUUUGGGUCUCAUCAGAUCAUAGAGCCUUCUUGCAGUUCAUUUCAGAGUCUCCCAUGUGCCUUCUAACAAACUGUGUCCAUUUUUAUAACAGUGGCUCUCUCUUUGCCAAUCUCCCAUAAAGCUGCGACUGGUAAACACCAGUCUUUCCAAUUUACUCUCUACUGUAGGUCUCUUGGUGGCCUCCCUCAACAUGUCGUCUUCUUGCACGAUCCCUCACUUUUUGUGGAAGGCCUGCUCUCAGAGGUCAGAUUUUACAUCUCUGCCAUACUCUUUCCACUUCUUCAUGAUUGGUUCCACUGGAUAUUCAAUGACGUGGAGGUUUUCUUGUCUCCAUCCCCUUUACUUGACCUUUUCACCAAGCUGUUUGCAGUUUUGCUUCAUUGUGUUUGUCAGGCCACCAUGCUGACCCCCGACUGGUGAUCUCCUUUGAACUCAUUUCUUUACACAGAGACCACCACAGACCCAUGGAAUCAAUGGCCAGGCAGUGUGUGGUAGACAGAAGCACUUUAGGGACCUUCAAAACGCAACCUGAUGUUAUUUUGUAAGAACUGAGUGGAUAGGACUGGUGAGCUUUGUUGUGUUCUCAUCUGGAUUGCUGUAAUGUUCUAAUUGUGUGACUUCCAAAACCAGUUAGCUGGACCAGUGAAGACUUAGUUGUGACGUGUUAAAGGGGGCGAUUGCUUGCAUGAUCAGUUAUUUUUUAUUUGAAUCAAUUUAAGCCACUUUGCCGAGAUCUGUGUUCACUCUGACAUUAGCGCGUCUUUUCCUGCUGAUCAGUGUCAAAAAAAGUCAAAUGAAAUGUGCGGAGAUUCAGUGUCGUGUAAACGAUAAAAUGUGAAAACAGCAGUGAACAGUAACAGUGCAACUUUUGGGUGGGUUUGUGGAAACUGGGGCACCUGGAAAACAGACACAGGGGGAACGGGGGGGUGUCCCCCCAGCUGUGAUGAUGACCUCGGUGUCACACCAGGCUACUGUGUGCUUCAUCUUUUUACCUGAUGGACCCGUUUUGGUCUUCAUUUUCCCAAUCGCUAAUAAAUUCUUCUGGUGAUGUGCAGAGUGAAAACUUUGAUUACUUUGUUUCACGAGUCUCUGGAGGUAAAAGUGCUGAGUCCUGCUUGAAAUCUUUGUUGUUUAUUUUAGUUUGAAUUUACUACAGGCUCAUUUGGGCUCUUUUAAUGUUUAUGGGUGUUUAAUAGAGGUUAUAAACCAGAUUUUAUAUCACUUUUUAUAGUCCCUUAAUAGAAAAGCAGUAAUCCACUUUGGAUGAGGAGCCGCCGCAUCGCAGCUGACCUUUUGUGGCCAAUGAAAAUCUCAAUCAGAACUGGGAACUUGUGUGUGUGUGCGUGUGUCUGUGUGUGCACGUGUGUGUGUGUGUGUCUGUUGCAUACCACAGUAGCUUUUAAUUCAAGUGAUUGGCUCUUUAUGCAGAGAGUUGCUCAAGUGUCUGGUAACAGCGCCCAUGGAUGGCUGACUCCUUUAAGCUCUCCAGGAACUUCCAUCCAUCCAUUUUCCAACCCGCUGAAUCCGAACACAGGGUCACGGGGGUCUGCUGGAGCCAAUCCCAGCCAACACAGGGCACAAGGCAGGAACCAAUCCUGAGCAGGGUGCCAAACCACCGCAGGACACACACAAACACACCCACACACCAAGCACACACUAGGGCCAAUUUAGAAUCGCCAAUCCACCUAACCAGCAUGUCUUUGGACUGUGGGAGGAAAGCCACGCAGACACGGGGAGAACAUGCAAACUCCACGCAGGGAGGACCCGGGAAGUGAACCCGGGUCUCCAUACUGCGAGGCAGCAGUGCUACCCACUGCGCCACCAUGCCACCCUUAAACUGCGGUUUUACUCCAGGAACAUGUUUCUUAAAAAAAAAUAAAAGUAUCUACUAUAUAUUUAGUGUACCCUACUGUUCAAAAGUUUCAGAACACCUCUUUUUUCCAGUUUUUCUUCAAAUUUCAUCAGCUGAAGUGCAAUGAAUGACCUAAACUGGUGAAAAGGUAAGCAGUAAACGGCCAGUCUGCAGCAGUCCACAGCCGCAAUUUCGAGGCCCCAUUUGGUCCUUUAAGGAAGGACUUUCUGACUGCCACUCGCCCGGUCAAACCUGCAGCACAAACCCUUCCUUUCACUUUUUUCGACCUGCACUGUUGAGCCGUUCUUGAAGACGUUGUGCUGUGAGGCGCCUGUGAUCACGCAGGCUGGUGACCCUCAGACACUCGUCUUCUAAUAGGAUUGUGACUUUGGGUCUACAGAUCUCUUCCAGUUGCCUUUGGAUUGUGUAGGACACCACCGGACUCCCUGACACUUCUCUAAAUGAAAGGCCUACACGUCUAAGGGUAAUUAUGAUCGGUCUCAUUUCAUCUGUUAAAAUGCCGUUUUCUUCACGUUAUCACUGGAAUUGACAACUUUCUACAGUGUGAUAUUUUCCCAGUUGUGUGCGGUAACACAGUCUGUUCUGCUUUAAGACACACAGAGGGCUUUUCAGUAAUCGACAGAAGUUGGGACACCUGAGCAAAUUGUUUGCUUCAACUUGCAAGGCUUCAUGUACUUGAACUGCUGCAGGACGCUAUUAGUUGUUCCCUCAAGAAGGCCCGUCGGUAAUACUCUGAAAUUUCCCUUUCUUCAGUUUUUGCCAACCUGAAUUUUAAGCAGUUUACUGCUUACCUUUUCACCACUUUAGGUCACUCAUUGCAUUCCAUCUGAUUGAAUUUGACGAAAAACUGAGGUGUUCUAAAAGUGACUGCUAGUGUAUAUAUUUAAAAAAAUAAAUAAAUAAAAAUCCUUUCCAUCGUAAGUCAAAGUUUGAAUCGCUAUGGGCUGCUUUUGUUAUUUUUGUACGUAUUGUGUACUCCUAAUGUGGUAAACAUUUUCUGUGAGUGAAGCGUCUGCUUGUUUUGUACCUUUGGUAUUCUCGCGUCAGGAAGUCCAGUGGCCGUCUUCUGGAAGUACACAGCAUUCCUCCAUUGUGUUCCUUUAGCACUUUCAGAUUUUUGUGUGUGUGCUCUCAGGGCAGGAUUCAUGUCUGACGCGUUAGCUUUGAACGUCCAUUAUGAGCACUGAGUUUGGCCCGAGCCUCAUUUGUGUUCGGGUUUAUGUCGUUCUCAGUGUCACGUGUGCGGAGUGCAGGGAAAUUCUUAACUUGUCUGCACACCUUUUGCUUUGUGUGUUUCUGGGGUUAACACUAAUACUUCACCCAAAAAUUAUAUAUUUAUUUUUAAUAUGUUACUUACCUCAAGUACUUUGUAGUGGUGGCCAAGGAGAAUGUUUUAAUCUGGUGCUAUCAUGCAGAAUGGAGAGAAAGACGUUUGUGACAUAAUAGAAGCCAAUAGCGACCGAUGUUGCACCAGGUCAAUCGAUGUGAAGAAUAUCUAUGGAAGACAAGAAAAAUAAAAAAGGUCUCAUUAGUCGUACUGCGUAAUCCACAUGUUGGUUAUCCAGCAGUCGACUCAAAACUUGCAAAACGCACACGUCUUUGUUACAAGAUUGAUAAAUACGUACAUCAUAAGCAGUAAACUAAAGCCUCAUGGGAUCGACUUUUUGUAUUGAAGUCCCACGUGAAGUAACAUAUUAAAAAAUAUAUCAUUUUUGGGUGGGGUAUUCCUGCAAGGGUGGUCUUCACCAUUCCCAGUCUCUAAUUGCUGAUCGUUUUUUCAGCUUUCGAUAGGAUUUUUUUUGUCUUGCACAAAUUUUGACUUAUUUAUUUUUUUCCUUUAUGUUGAUCCUUGCAUAUGCGUACAAAUCUAAUUUGUGUUCUCUGUUUGUGUUUCAGUGUCAUGUUUUGGAAUAUGCACAUUUCAAUUUGUAAUACAUGUUAAAUUGUUUAAAACAAAAAUAAAUGAUAAUUGCAGUGAAACGG